CUGUUCCCCCAGAAACUAAGGUGGUUGGUGAAAACAUCAGCAUUCACUGCCCUGUUGAUGAAAGUAGGAAAUUAGAAUUUUUGUACUUUCAAAAAAUUGUGGACAAGCAAGAUAGAAUUUUCUAUAAUGGAUAUCACUCUUCAAAACCUUUGGAACCAAUGCCAAACACAAAAAUGGACCCCAAAAACACAAUAAUGCACAUGUUUGGACUAAAGCUGUCCAACAGUGGUACUUAUGAAUGUUCCUAUAAGUAUAAACAUGACAAAAAUCCGGUCAAUAAGAAAUUGAUGCAUCUCAAUGUCACAGCCUUCUUCACUAAGCCUGUUAUCACACACAGAUGUGGCAACGAAAAUGGCAUACCACUGGAAUGUGAUGUGCAGUGUGAUUCAUAUAAUGGGCUACCAGGAAAAGAGAUAAGCUGGGAUUUUAAAGGAAAUAUCACCAAAGACAGGUGGAAGGUUUCGAAUCGAGUUAGAGACCCAUCCAGUACAGAGUUGGUUAAUAUCUCCAGCACUGCGACUAUCAACUGCUCCGGUGGUGAAGUGUUUGCAUUCUGCUUUAUCGACGACUCCAUGUCAAAUGUCUCAGUGUGUUCUCCCAAGGCCCCACCUGAGGCCCCACCUACCAUGACUAUUGCUGUGAUAGCUGCAACAGUUGUCUGUGGCCUUGUCGGGGUGUUGCUGCUAAUGAUUUGUUUAAUAUUAAGGAGAAGAAAUACAUGUACAGAAACAGAAGCAGCAAGGAAUGUAAUAGAGGAGUCCAUACAUUUAAAUUGUGUUUGAUGAGAAAAACUGGAUUCUUGAGAAUCUAAAAGAACAUUCGGACUGAAGCUCACCUGUCUUCCAGCAUGGGUUCUAAGCUAUCUGUCACUGAACUGAACAUGUGACCUAAAGCUUGCACAGGAACGCUCAACAAGUCUGUGACUCACCAGGGAAUGACUGCCAAUGCGUGGGCUCUCAAAGCACAGGGAAGUAUUUAGGUUUACCCAGGGAAGGUGUGCGUCAUUGAACAACCAUGGUUAACUUUCUAAGGAAAUGACAUUUGUGGGGGAGCAGAGUGAUGUCUCAGCCCACAAUAUAAAAAAACAUCUAAUGGGAACAUCUCAUGGGAAUAACAAGACGAGAAGCAAAACUAGACACACAAGCACUUCUAUGUUACACUGACUACCGCUGGAGUAAUUGCUCUAGGUUUAUUUCAAAACUGUUUUGAAUGUUUCUAUAUCCCAGCAAUACUAAGCAUUUUUAUUUUGGUCAUAAUACAACAAUAACAUAUUUUUUCUAAAAAUAACAAAGUUGUGUUAAAUGGAAAUAGCAUUGUAGCAGGCUGUUUAAGGAACUGUAAAUAUUUGUAUUGCAGUAUUUUUUAUAUAUUUUUUGCCCUUUUGUAUGUGCUGUCAGUUCCAAUAAGUGCAAUAUCUGUACAUUGAGGAGUUUUUUUUUUUUACUUUUUCAAAUGAGCUUGGAGAUUUUGUUUGGUUUUUGUUCUCAUGUACAAAAGAACCAUAUAUGUUUGGCUACAUCCAGUUAUUUAAGUAACGCCGUCCCACUUUUUCAGGAUGAUUAACAGUAAAAUGUCCACCCUGUUUGUUUGGCUCAGAGAAAGGUCUGAUAUAUCUGUUAUUUCCCUUUGCUUUGAAUUACCAGAGAGCUUUAAAAAGCUGCUUUCGUUUCCCUAAAAUGUGUGAAACAGUUCUCCUCAGGGACACUUCUGUCUUUUGUCCUUUUUUUGUUCUUGUACAUUUGUAAAAUAAUAA